AUGUCUCAGAAGCUCAUUGUCAUCACAGGAGUGACGGGCUCCCAGGGUAGCUCGGUUGCCAAGCACCUCUUGAAGCACCGAGACUGGCAUGUCAAAGGCAUCACCCGUAAUCUGAAUCCUCCGAAAGCUCGCCAUCUCACCGAACACGGUGUAGAGCUUGUGCGCGGGGAUUUUGAUGACGUGGACUCACUGGGAAGAGCUUUCAUGGGCGCCACCGCGAUCUUCGCCGUCACCGACUAUGCUGCCGUCUUGUCCAGGACGACAGGCAGUGAAGCACUGCGGAAGAAAGCCGCUAAAGCAGGCCAGAACCUCAGCGAAUACGCCCGCGACUGGGAACUCCGGCAAGGUCUGAACAUCGCCAAAGCUGCCUCUGAUCCACAAGUUCUUUCGACCUUAACGCACUUCAUAUUCUCUACGCUUCCAGGCAUUAAGAAAUGGAGCGGCGGCAAGUACACCACCGCAUACCAAUUCGACUCCAAGGCCGCGAUCGAAGACCACAUCCGCAUCGACCUUCCGGACCUGAGCAAGCGGUUGAGCACGUUCGCCAUGGGAAUGUAUCCGGAGAACUCUCGAGAUCAGCCGUACUGUGCACCGCACAAGGAGACGGAUGGCAGCGGGUACUAUUUUGUCAUGCUGGAAAACACCGGAGAGCAAGUCAAAUUUCCGGAACUGUGGUGCAGCCAGGACGCCGGAACCUUUGUAGACGCCUUGGUCCGCCGAUUCCCGCCUGGUAUCGAUGUCAUGGGCGCGAGCGAAUUCGUCUCGAAGGAAGAGCUCGCCGCGAGAUGGGGCCGCUCACUCGGAGUGAAGGCAGUCGCCAGGCCGAUUCCGGAAAAGGACUGGAAAGCCAUGGUGGCCCGAAGGACACGCGGAUGA